AUGAGCUUCCUGUCCAGCAUAACGCAGUUCCUACCGUCAUUCGACAGGCUUCGAGGUCAACCGCAGCCCGCAGCCCCGUUCACCACACCCACCUACGAAGAUGUUUGUCGCGCCCGGGCUUUACUCAAGGCCUUGCACCUCCCCACGGAGCUUGUUCUCGACAUUUUAGAUUAUGCAAGCUACUGGCCGACUUAUACGCUCAAGUCCAGCUUUGAUCGUAUACAGGCUACAGCACCAAGAGCAGCCCUUUGCCUCGAAGUCGGCGUCUUCAACAACCCCACUGUCAACAGCAUUCGCGCAAGUGGUGAGCGGUUCAAGAUCAGGGCCGUCCAGUUCGACAUCAUCAGCAAUGACCAGGGCUGGGUGUCUUCGAACAACUUGGCCCACACUUACGACACCUAUUCGUGGCUUGAAGUGUCCAUACUCCGUAAUGAGACGAACAGAAGUAUUCACAUACCUGAUCUGGGUCUGAUGGACCCCCUUGUUUGCAAUCCCCUUGGCUUUCACAGGCAUAUGGCGGGUCGUGGCUGCUUUCUAGUCAGCCGACCAGAGGAUGCAUUUCAAGGGCCACAAGAUGGAGAGGGUGACCUCGCGUGGUACUUACAGGGUAAUCGCGUUACUGCUAGCCGUCAAAGAUAUCACGUAGUUUGGGCCGAAGAUGGGAGCGGGGGGAAUAGUGAGGGAGCUGGCACGGGGAAAGGCUUCCUGCAAGCGCUAACAGAUGGUGAUAGGAUCCUCGUCUGGGCCCGGGCCAAGUAUCCCGGAUGGGAAUGCAUCGUCAAGAGACUCACAGUCACUGUUUGUUACGGCUUCUGA